UUUCAAUAUUAAUUUGUAAUUACGUAAAAGAUGAAGUCAGAUACUUCCGAUCCAUGGUGCGAAACAGAUGUUUCACAAAUCAGUAACGAUAAAUGUAAAAAUUUUUUUGAAGAUUCCUUUGUAGAAAAUCAAUCAAAACAUACCAAAUUAGCUGAUUCAGAAGAAUAUUUGGGAAAGCUUUAUUCCAGACUUAGCAGUCUUCAAAAAGGUACAUCAAAGAAAGAUCUUGUAACAUCUUUAUUUGAAGCAAAAGAAGAUUCCAUUGCACGUUUAAUAACUUCUGGGUGUAAGCUUGAAACAGAAGAAGAAAUUAAACUUGCUUCAAAUCCUUUAAUAAGACACAUAGCACCUCAUUUACAGGCAUUAACUGCUAGUGAAUUAGUUCAUCUUUUGAAAGCUGAUGUUCUUCAAGUUAUUAGUGAAUCUACAGAACAAGAAGAAACUGUCACAGAAACAGUAGCAAAUAAACAAAGUACGCAUUAAGAAUAUAGAAGUA